CUGCAACCACCAGGGCGGGCUGAGCGCUGGGGACGCGGCGAGGGAAGAUAAGGAUGCUAUCGGCUACCUACCUAAGCUAAAGUAUCUUCAUCCGUACGGAGGUAUGUUCUGCACUCCCCGGGUACACGAGACGUGAUAACGAUGUGGUUGCUGACGCCGCCGCCGAGACCCAAGUUGUUGCUUUUUCAUGAAGGGGAGAGAGAGGUAUGGCCCUCUGGCGUUGGCUACUUAAAGCAGACCGAUUCCCCAGCAUCGCAGUCGUCGACAUUCCCCACAUCAUGGCACUCGCGGUGUCUGCGACUCUGGGGGUGGCCUUUAGAUGCGAGGGUGUACUUAUGAGAUCACCACCUGCAUCUCUACGGAGUACGUACCUGUCGUCGCGCUUUAUAUCCGUACAUUCAGCCCGCGCUGUCAGACUCUCUUUGUACGGAUAUAGAGAAUGGCCUUCUCAUCCAGUACGGACAGCAUUCGUGCAUCUCCGAGGCGCUGAGCGCUAUCUCAGUCGCGCAUUUCCGGUCCCCGUGGAUCCUUGCUCCUCCUUAUCAGCCAUCGACUACUGUGUAUCGGUACAGCUCAACCGCCCCUACUACAAUGAGCAUCGGCGCAAUCUGUGUCUGCAGUGUUGAAAUAUGUCAUAGCAUCCGUUUUUCUCAUCGUUCUCAUGGGUUAUGACACACAAUCCCGAGAUAGGACGCGAGUUUAGAGUAGUAGGCAAUAUGGAGUACUGCCGGCGGUGGCAUUCCGAGCAAUGACUACUACGUAUUUGUUGUAUCUGCGAAGAUACACGGGGAGGAUGGCUUGUUUAUAACAAGGGAUAGGAGCUCUUUCUGAAGGAGCCAUCCCUAAACGAUCUCGCAGAGCACCGGUCAGAGAGUACCUUAGCUCAGCCUUCAAAGAAAUAUCAAAAAUGGGUUUCAAAUUCUCGC